GAAGAGAAAUGUGGUGGAUAUUUAUUGAUUAUGACCAUUCAAUAUUGCAUGACGCAGAUAGAAGGAUAGUUAAUAUGGAUAUUGGGUUGUCCUCUCACAGCCUGCCUGUCAAAAACAUGUCUUGAUAAUAAUACUUUGAUUGAUAAAGGCUCUUGAGGCUAUUUGAGGACUCAAUAACAACUUGGGAGCUGAAACUCUGUCGGUUGCUAAAGAGAAACUAAAGCAUGCGCCCAACACCGGCCCUCUCUGAUCCUCACUGAACCAUCACAUGCAAAUGUACAAACGACUCCCUACACGAGGUAACCCACAAGUAAAGCUGGUGUCUGAUUGUCCUCCUGAGUUUUGAAUAUAUAAGUGAACCACCGCAAAAGCUUUCUCCACAGCUCAACAAUCAGAUUCGAGUGUUUUCAUCAAGAAAUAAACAUCUCUCUUAAUUUCUUCAAGUUCACCAUCUUAACAUAUACAUCAUGAUUAGUCCCAAGAAACUCAUCGAGAUGGCAAGGAACUGGCAGAGGGUAGCUGCUCUUGGAAGGAAAAGAAUUUCAUUACCAAGAGCCAACAGAGUGGCAAAUGUUAACAACAGUAAUGAUUUUUCAUCACAAGUGGCGGGCAAGGGUCACUUCGUAGUUUACACAGCUGAUGAAAGGCGGUUUGUUUUCCCUAUUGCGUAUCUCAACAAUUACAUCAUCCAAGAACUUUUCAAGAUGUCUGAGGAAGAAUUUGGACUGCCAAGCGAUGGCCCUAUCACAUUGCCAUGUGAUGCAGCCUUCAUGGGGUAUGCAGUUUCUCUGAUUCAACGGCGAGUUGAUAGAGAUACGCAGCAAUCUCUGCUUCUCUCUAUGGGUGGUUGUAGAUGCUCAUUAUCUUAUUCUCUAAAUCAAACUAGCCAGCAGAUACCAGUCUGUGGUUUCUGAAUCGAUUGGCAAAAAGAUUUUGUAAAUAUCACAAGCAGAAUUAGCUUAAUAAUACGUUAUACAAAGUGAAAGUUUCCAACUA